AUGUGGAUGCCAUUGGCGGUCAGCAGCGGAACGCCCCUCCGCAUCCAGUGUGAGGAAGUUAAGAACCAAAAGGGCAUGUGCAAGAAGCAGGGUCUGAUUGCCACACAAUGGUCAUCCCGUAAGCUGUCUUCGUCGUGCCCCGCGUUGGGCGGCAGAUAUCCGGGUCCAGCCGGAUACAACCGCGAGGCCCAAAGCUCAGUGGUUUCUGGGUCUGGAGUGGCUGUCAUGGGUCAGAGGAGGCUGCCAGCCGCUUGUCCUGUAGCUGUCUGGGGGCCAUUCAUGCUUCUUCAAGAUUCUGUGCUCUUCAAGACCCACAGAGCAUCAAAGACCAUGCUUGAUCUGAAAGGGGAGCUGCUGAGUCCCUGUCGCUGCGACGGCUCGGUCAAGUGUACCCACCAGCCCUGCCUAAUCAAGUGGAUUAGCGAACGGGGCUGUUGGAGCUGUGAAUUGUGUUACUACAAGUACCACGUCAUUGCCAUAAGCACAAAGAAUCCUCUGCAGUGGCAGGCCAUUUCUCUGACGGUCAUUGAGAAAGUCCAGAUUGCAGCAGCCAUCCUGGGUUCUCUUUUCCUCAUUGCCAGCAUUUCUUGGCUCAUCUGGUCAACCUUCAGUCCCUCGGCUAAAUGGCAGCGCCAAGACCUCCUCUUCCAGAUCUGCUAUGGAAUGUAUGGCUUCAUGGACGUGGUGUGCAUAGGCUUGAUCAUUCAUGAGGGGCCAUCCGUGUACCGGAUCUUUAAACGAUGGCAAGCUGUGAACCAGCAGUGGAAAGUGCUGAACUAUGAUAAGACAAAGGACAUUGAGGACCAGAAGGCGGGGGGCAGGACAAACCCCAGGACCUCCUCAUCCACACAGGCUGACGCCGCCUCUUCACAGGAGGAGGCUGUGGGCAACCCUGCCCAGGGCGAUGGUGGCGGCGGAGGCGGCGGCGGCGGUGGUGGGAACCGGGCCCCCAGCCACCCCUCUGGCCCUCUGGCCGAUCACCACUGUGCUUACACCAUCCUGCACAUCUUGAGUCACCUGAGACCUCACGAGCAGCGGAGCUCCGCUGGUGGCAACCGAGAGCUUGUCAUGAGGGUCACCACGGUCUGA